GGGAAUCAUUGGCAGCACUUGACAGCAUCAAUGUGGUGCUGUUGACUUGCAAAGUCGGAUCUGGGACUGGGAAAACCAAAAUUGCAGAGCUCUGUAGGCGGUAGGGGUUGCUUCCAUAGCUGAGCUUGGACAUUGAAAAUGGAAGGAUAUUCGUUCGGGCAUCACAACACUCAUCAUCAUCAUCAUGAACAUCACAAUCCCAGGUAUGGAGAAGAAUACCCACCACCACCGCCUCCUCCUAGCUUCAGAGAUGAUGGACCUCCGCCACCUUCAUAUUACGAAGACUAUGAUCCACCACAACCACCGCAAGUAAACCCCCAUCAUCCUGUGUAUCACAGUAGAAGUAGAGGCGGAGGAUUGUAUGAUUCCCCCCGAUCUCAUAUUUUCAUUCUCAACCACCACCAUCACAGAACUUCAAUUAUUCGUCGUCGGGUCAAGGUUACCCUUCCCAACAACCUGCAGAUCGGAUUGAGUAUACUACGGUGGUCCAUCAUGUACAUGUUGAAUCGGAAGGGCAUCACCCCUAUCGGCUAUCGCCUUCAUCUCCCAUCGUUCCUUCACCACCACGAACAUCAACAGGGCUCCGCCUCUGGUAAGCCUACUGUUAGGGUCUUCACCAAGUCCGAGACUAAUUAUUCUCUCACUAUCCGUGACGGAAAGGUCAUUCUUGCCCCUUCCGAUCGCUUCCAACACUGGAUCAAGGAUGAGAAGUACAGCACAAAAGUCAAGGACGAAGAGGGCUUUCCCAGCUUUGCUCUUGUGAAUAAGGCAACUGGUCAGGCCAUGAAGCACUCUGUGGGCGCUACUCACCCUGUAUGUUCAUGCUUUACUUACCUACUGCAUAUCCAUUUUCUAUCCUGUAAUAGUGAAAACUUUUUCUUAUUUUGAUCAAAAGAAUUUGAU